CCUUGUAAAUGUUAAUAGGGGCCAAUUGUUACCACUAUUCGUGCUCUACUGACACCGCAUCCAAUGAAGGAGCUACGGAUAAAGGGCUCUUAUCUGCAUCACAAAGAACUCAAAGCAGCCCAGGGUGUGAAAAUCAAUGCUCAGGGCCUUGAUCAUGCUGUUGCAGGCACUGGUCUGUAUGUGGUGGGUCCUGAUGACGAUGUUGAAGACAUCAAGGAAGCAACAAUGCAAGACAUGAAGUCCGUCAUGAGCAGGAUUGACAAGAGUGGUACAGGUGUAUGUGUUCAAGCAUCAACACUUGGGUCACUGGAGGCAUUGCUGGAGUUUUUGAAGAGCCCUGUAGUCAAUAUCCCUGUCAGUGGUAUAAACAUAGGUCCUGUACACAAGAGUGAUGUCAGGAGGGCAUGUGCCAUGCUUGAAAGGAACAGGGAAUAUGCCACCAUUCUGGCAUUUGAUGUCAAAGUGACGCCCGUGGCUCGUGAGCUUGCUAAGGAGAGUGGUGUAAAAAUAUUCACUGCUGAUAUAAUAUAUCAUCUUUUUGAUCAGUUCCAGAAAUAUAUGGACAACUUUAAGGAGGAAAAGAAGAGAGAAGCUUCGGUGGAAGCUGUCUUUCCAUGCCGUCUCAAGAUUAUGCCGGAUUGUGUAUUUAAUAAGGACCCAAUUGUAUUGGGGGUCAACGUUCUUGAAGGCACCCUUAAGACGGGCACUCCAAUUUGCAUUCUAUCUGAUUCUGGUGAAAGUGAAUUUAUCGAUAUCGGUCAGAUUACAUCAAUCCAAAUCAAUCACAAAGAAGUUGGGACUGCCAAGAAAGGACAGAAGGUUGCCAUAAAGAUACUGAGUAAAAAAAUCUUUGGCAAGCACUUUACAGUGGCCAAUGAACUAGUUAGCCACAUCACCAGAGAGUCGGUUGGAAUACUGAAAGCUUAUUUUCAGGACGAUAUGGGUAAUGAAGAUUGGAAGUUGCUGGAGGAACUGCAGAGGGACUUCAAGAUUGAUCAAAUCUAUUUUUAGUUUGUUUGGAAAUUCAUCGGUCUUCCUUACUAGAGAAAUUAAAUAAUUUGGACCAUUUCUAGAGAACUGCAAAUAAUUGAUUGCGAGAGUUUUCUGUUGGAGUUAAAUUGGUGGUCGAAGUUUUCAUAAUACUCCCGUAUGUUUUCUUUUAUUAAGUAAAAUUUAUCCUUUACUCUUCAGUUUGCACGGGUUGUUUAUUUCUAGUGGUGGCGGUGAGAGAAAUGGUGGUAACUAGAAUUUUUUUAUUUUUAUUUUUU